AAUGAAAGCGAAAGCAACUGUGUAUCUGUGUACAAAUAUUGAACCAAUAGAUUAUUACUCCAAUUGUAUACAGAAUUAGUGUUCUAUAUAUGCAAAUAAGUGCGUGUCCUAUAUUGUCUACAAUGUACCAGUAAUUGCAUCUUUUAGGAGUUGAUGAAAAAAUGACUCUAAUUUUGGUAGUUUCAGAGAAAAACAGACAAUGGCAAAAGGUUUAUAUCAAGGAAUCUUCCAGUCAAAGGCGCUGUACAAAAUCUAUGGGAAUCAAUACGGUUAUUCCACAAGAAUACAUUCCUAUCAUAAGCGAAGACAUGAGAAAUUAGGAAAUAGGAAUUUUUCUACUUCGAAUAAAGAAACUUUAGGAGUACCUUAUGAAAAACUGUCCAUUGGCGUCCCUAAGGAAGUGUGGAAAAACGAGAGAAGGGUGGCUCUCACUCCAUCAGUUGCUACAACACUCAUCAAAAAAGGUUUUACGGUCCACGUGGAGGAGGAUGCUGGUAUCGGUGCAACUUUUAGAAAUGAAGAUUACCUCAAUGCCGGAUGCUUCGUGAAAGAUGGUUCAUCUGUAUUUCAGUCAGAUAUUGUCCUGAAGGUGAGACAGCCGCAAGAGAAUGAAGUCGAGAAGUUCAAGGAUUACGCAACCCUCAUAUCCUUCCUGUACCCAGGAAAUAAUACUCCCCUGGUCAACAAACUGGCGGAAAAGAAAAUAACUGCUUUCGCCAUGGACUGCAUUCCUAGGAUAACCCGAGCACAAGUAUUCGACGCUUUGAGCUCCAUGGCCAAUAUUUCUGGGUAUAGGGCCGUUGUUGAAGCAGCCAACCACUUCCCAAGAUUUUUCUCAGGGCAGAUAACAGCUGCAGGAAAAGUACCUCCUGCGAAGGUUCUCAUCAUUGGUGGAGGUGUAGCAGGUUUAGCAGCAGCAGGCCAGGCGAAAGCUAUGGGUGCAAUAGUUAGAGCUUUUGAUACUAGGUCAGCAGUGAAGGAGCAAAUUGAAUCAAUGGGAGCUGAGUUUCUCACUAUAAACAUUAAGGAAGAGGGAGGAACAUCUGCUGGGUACAGCAAGGAAAUGUCCAAGGAAUUCAUUGAUGCAGAACAUGCUUUGUUUGCGAAGCAGUGCAAAGAAGUUGACAUCAUAAUAUCCACGGCUCUUAUACCAGGAAAAAAAGCCCCAUUAUUGAUUUUGAAGGAACACGUCCUUUCUAUGAAACCUGGUAGUGUAAUUGUAGAUCUAGCAGCUGAAGCUGGUGGUAACGUUGAAACUACCAAACCAGGAGAAAUCUACAAUCUCAACGGCAUCACACAUAUAGGAUUGACCGAUUUAGCUAGUAGAUUACCCACCCAAAGUUCCACUUUGUACGCAAACAACGUGUCGAAGUUUUUACUAUCGAUGUGCGAUAAAGACGUGUUCAAAGUCAAUUUAGAGGAUGAAGUUGUCAGAGGAAGCAUCGUACUAGACAAGGGAAAACUAUUAUGGCCGGCACCACCUUUGUCAGUUUCGUUAACACCUCCUCCUCCACCAAAAGCUAAGGCAACAGCAGAGAAACAAAAAGAAGAGGAAAAAAAGAACCCUCUCCUAGCCACAGUUCAAGAAUCACUUAUGUGCACGGCAGGCCUUGGAACCGUUUUAGGUUUAGGAGUAGCCUCUCCAAACGCUGCAUUCACGUCUAUGUUAACAACCUUCGGUUUAUCUGGAAUCGUCGGUUAUCACACUGUUUGGGGUGUCACCCCAGCUCUUCAUUCACCUCUUAUGUCUGUUACUAAUGCUAUCUCAGGAAUAACUGCAGUAGGAGGUCUUCUCCUGAUGAAUGGAGGAUAUUACCCAACAAACUCCGUGGAGGCUCUGGCUGCUUCUGCCGCUUUCAUCUCGUUCAUAAAUAUAUUUGGAGGAUUUUUGGUCACCAAACGUAUGUUGGAUAUGUUCAAAAGACCAGGAGAUCCGAAGGAAUACAGUUUCCUUUAUGGUAUACCUGCUGCAGGUUUCUUGGGAGGAUAUGGUUAUGCUGCAGUGGCUGGAUUGCCUGAAAUCCACCAAGCAGCUUACUUGGCAGCGUCCUUAUGCUGUGUCGGAGCUUUGGCUGGUCUUAGCUCCCAGAAGACAGCCAGAUGGGGAAACAAUAUUGGUAUGAUUGGAGUUGCUGGGGGUAUUGCUGCCACCUUAGGCCAACUGGAUCUCACACCGGAAGUAUUAGCCCAGAUAGCCGGAUGUGCAUUGGGUGGAGGAGCUUUAGGAACAUUUAUAGCGAAAAAAAUCGAAAUAACUGAUCUACCUCAAUUAGUAGCUGCAUUCCACAGUCUGGUUGGUCUUGCUGCAGUAUUAACUUGUGGGGCUACCUUUAUCCAUGAUUUCCCAUCUUUUGCCGCCGAUCCAGCGGCCAAUGUUGUAAAAACCGCUCUUUUCCUUGGAACUUACAUCGGUGGAGUUACAUUCAGUGGAUCUUUGGUAGCUUAUGGAAAACUGCAAGGACUUCUAAACUCCGCUCCUCUGCUUUUACCUGGAAGGCAUGCCUUGAAUAGCGGACUGAUGUUGGGAAGUUUAGGAGCUGGGGGAUAUCUUUUCUACGAUCCAACACUGAUGGGUGGUCUGGGAGCUCUUGGUACAACGGCUGCACUUUCCGCUACCAUGGGCGUCACCUUAACAUCGGCAAUUGGAGGUGCUGAUAUGCCAGUGGUAAUUACUGUUUUGAAUAGUUACUCCGGGUGGGCUUUAUGUGCUGAGGGUUUCAUGUUGAAUAACAACUUGAUGACUAUCGUUGGUGCCCUAAUUGGAUCUUCUGGUGCUAUUCUGUCAUAUAUUAUGUGCAAGGCCAUGAACAGAUCUUUGCCGAACGUUAUUCUAGGCGGUUAUGGUACUUCUAGUACUGGUUCUGGCAAACCAAUGGAAAUCACUGGUACCCACACUGAGGUCAACCUAGAGGGGGCCGUGGAAGCCAUCAAGAAUGCGAAAAAUGUCAUCAUUGUACCCGGUUACGGUCUUUGUGUAGCGAAGGCUCAAUAUCCCAUUGCCGAAAUGGUCAGUACACUGAAAAGUCAAGGCAAAAAUGUCAGGUUUGCCAUUCAUCCAGUGGCAGGUCGCAUGCCUGGUCAGCUGAAUGUCUUGCUCGCCGAAGCUGGUGUGCCCUACGACGACGUUUUCGAGAUGGAGGAAAUCAACGACGAUUUUCCAUCAACCGAUCUAGUCCUAGUCAUAGGAGCCAACGAUACAGUCAACAGUGCCGCUGAAGAUGAUCCCAAUUCAGCGAUUGCUGGAAUGCCGGUUCUCAAAGUAUGGAACGCUGAACACGUCAUCGUCAUGAAAAGAUCACUAGGGGUAGGUUACGCUGCCGUCGACAACCCCGUUUUCUACAAACCCAACACCUCCAUGUUGCUCGGGGACGCUAAGAAGACUUGUGAUCAGCUUCUUGCCAAGAUAAAGGAGGAGAGUGAAGCUUAGGCUAGAGAUAAGUAGGAUUUUCAAGACUGAAACUCUUAUAGUUAAGAUCGGAACUGUAUAGAUAUUAAAAAAAUUAUAUAUUAUAUUACAUCCUCCAUAGGAUCAAUUUUACACGAAUUUUUAUCAAUAAGUUUCUUCAUGGUGCUUAAUUUUGACGUAAAGGGCGUUAAAAAAAACUCAUCAAGUAGGCUAUGGAAUAUUGAAAGUUGACGUUUUGUGUUGAAGUUCGAAAUACAAAAUGUCAACUUUCUCCAGAGCCUACUUGACGACUCCCUCGUUUUUUGAACUGUCCUUAUUCUGCGAUAUACAAAUUUUAUCGCUGCGUAUUUCAUCUUCUCUUUCUCAUUUCUUAUGUUUUUAAUGUUCCUAAAUUUCGUGGAAAACAAGGAACAUCAGCAAAUGCAUCACGUUUUUUCAUUUUUAAAUUUCAUUGAUACGAAGAACAAGUAUUUCAAAUGUUUCCCAUUGGAAAUAUAUGUAUUUUUCAUGUGAAAUUCUACGCUCGAAUAAAGGAAUUCCAAAAUUCGAAUUUCAAAAAUACUCAUUUGGAAUGCUUUAUUCGAAAUCAGUUCGAAAAUCAUUGUAUCCCCCAAAUUCAAGUAGGUCUUCCUUCUAUUUGACGGAUAAGAUGAUUUAACAGAGUAUUUUCAUUAUCAACCUUCGAAUAAUUCGAUUAUUGAUUAACUGAUAGAGAAUUUUAAUUAUACCUUAUUAUUAGAUCUUUUUUAUUUUAGAUAUAAAUAUAUGUAUCAAUUAGGAACUUCCAUUAUUCGGAAUAAUUUCACACUCAUAUAUUCUAAACAAAAAUUAAUUCUCAUCGAAAUUCACAAUAUUCGAAAAAUGGAGGUUCCCAAAAAAUUUAAAUGAAUAUUUCUCCUAUUUUUAGGAUAACUUGUAUGAUAAUGAAUGAUAGAACCUAUGUUCUUGUAGGAUUACACACUUGAAAUUUUUUUAAUUAUUUUGUCUUUUGUGAAUACGUACUACAAAACUACCAUAAAGCUUCUACACCUUAUAAAAUAUAAUUGUAUAAAGAUUUGGAUUACAAAAAAUAUAUUCGGUUAUGUUUAAAAA